UAAUUUCCUGACAACAACAAUAUUAAUGACGAAAUUAACGUAUGUAUAAAGGUUUGAGAUAGGAAACAAAAUCAUUAUCGGCAAUCAUUUAUGACAUUCAUUAUCACAAAAAUGAAAAUAUUACAACUGGUUAUUCUGUGUUUGUCUGGAAAAGUCGUAUUUGGUCGUGAAAACGGUGCUCCGUCUGACCCUAAAGCUUGCGAUCAUAUGGUUCCUGGUCAUCUCGACCCAGUUCCAAUUCCAAGUAAAGAUUUAAGUAGAACACCAUACGAAGUAAAAGCCGAAAUUGACGGCAGUUACGUCCGUCUCUCUGUGAGCGGAUUAGUGUCAGUCGCUGGGUUUCUUAUUCAAGCACGACAAACAUCAAACAGCCCAGCGAUUGGGGAAUUUAAACUGGAAAGUCAGUCAAAUAAUUCCAUAGCACGUUAUCAAACAUGCGGGAAAGAGGUAAUUAUUUCCAGGUCAUGUUAUAUAUACAACAAUAACAUUCUUGUGAAUGAUUUAUAAAUAAAUCUGUUUAUAUGUUCAUAUGUUUAUACGACCAAAUGAAAUUCGACAUGUAUUUAGUACAUAAUUUGAAUUGAUACUAUUAUUUACUUGGCGUAUUAAAUUAUCCAUGUCCCAUGGCCAUGGCAUUGUAUUCCUUGUGUAAUAAUUGCUAGAUUGAAGUAUAUGCCAUAUAUUCUAUGACUCGUGUGAAGAAAUCGACAGUACAAAGACGUAGAUGUAGACGUGUAAAACGUCGAGUAUAUUGGGUGCAUCCGGGCCCUUUGCGGUUUGUUUACUGUGUUAUCUUUAAUACGACUUACGCUAAUAAAUAAUUGUUGUCAUCAUCGUGAAUAUUUACUUGGCAAGAGCAAUGAAAGCUUUCCACCUGGCAUCUGUGAUCCUUAAUUAGUUAAUAGAUGAAGGAAGGUUUCAUUCACAACUCACAAAAUGCUUUAGAAUUAUUCAAAUGUGAUGAAUAAACUGUAUAUAAACAAAAAAAGUAAUUUAAAUUAUCUAACACCGUGACCGCCUGCAUGAUGACUGUGUGAUGAGUGAUGGUUGUGCCAAUAAUAAACGCGGUUGAAGCUCUCGUUGAAUUUUCUGACCUGACUUUUUUGUAGCCUGUCAUUAUUUGUCUCCCAAAGUAGUGAUCUUCUUUUUCUUUUCAGUUUCCUCAAUUUUCAAGUAUAACACAUACGAAUUCGAAUUCGAAGCCUAAUCUCACAUUUCUGUGGCGCCCAAUUGCAAAUAGGGCAAAAAAUAUCAAUGUUACGUUUUACGCAACAUUGGCACAAAGUCAUGAAAUAUUCUGGGUUAAGCAGCCAAGUAACGAAAUAAAUAUUCUGGUGAGUGACAUUCGGAAGAGAACAUAUUUCUUAACAAAUGACAGUACUGAAAAUCUACCAAGCUCUAACUACAACUACUGCUACUGUAUUACUUGGAGUAACUAUACUGUAUAUAUUAUGCAGGUCAAAAGUGCGACCUAGGGACAUUCAUAGUCACACACAAUACCAUUCUCGUACCCAGAGCCCUUCUUACGCGCGGUGCGACGAGGGGCUCUGGCCAAAUCCAUAACCGGAUACCAUAAAAACAUGGUAAGAAAACAAUGUCCGGUGUUAGAACUAGCCAAUCAGAUGCCAGUUCGGAAUAUGGAUUUGGCCAGAGCCACUCGUCGCACCGCACGUAAGAAGGGCUCUGGGUACGAGAAUGACACAAUACCUAAUUAAGGUCCAGACACACGACCCGGACGCGAUUCGACAACGCGACGUGAUUUUUCGAUUUUCACUAACUAUAACUUUGAUCCUAGUUUGAAUUUUCCAAAUAUUUAGAAGCGCUAUAACAUUUCGAGUUAUUUGGUCUACAUAUCUUUCAAAAUUUGCUCUGAUUGGCUGUUUUAUUAACUUUCAAAAACUAAAAAAUCGCGUCGCGUUGUCGAAUCGCAGAAAAAUUGAACUUUGACACUAACUAUAUAACAAUACGUUUUGUAUAUAACUCAUGGACAGAUCAAUUGUAAACCGUUUGUGAAUGCAUAAUAGCAUAUAUUGUGAAUGUUGUUAAAUCUAUCACUUAAUUUGUUAAAAAUUCUCUAACUUAAUCUUUUUCGUAUACUUUUAGGAUAUAAAUGGCACACCAGUAAGUAUUGCCAGCAUGUUUUUGCCUUCUUCUGCCGUGUGGUAGGAUUUAGGGGUUUUUCAUUUUAAACCACCUCUCGUUUAUUCUGAACAAAAGCAAUUUUAUUCCUUCAUUUUAGUAUAGGAAAUAUUAAUGUUAUGACCUCGUUUAUGACCGUGUUCAAACACGCACAUGCAAUCACCGCGUCGUUUAAUUCACUACAUGUUCUGUUCCCUAUCAGUUCUGAGAAAACAUGCAUAUUUUUUUUUGUCAUUCAUUGCGAAAAUGUAGUAAUUUCAUGCCAUGACAUGGAGAGUUUUCCACAAUUAACCGAGCUGAAAUUACCGUUCAACCUGGCAGGGAAAUAUCGACGACGGGAUGAAAUAACAAAAUCUCGAAAUACGGAACUACAUGUAUACCGCCUCACUCUCAAUCUUUCCAUCAUUUGACUAUAAUAGCUAUACUAUAUAUUUGAUUUUUGGUAGAGAUGGAUCGAAUAAUUUAAUGUAUUGUACUGAGCUAACGUCUUAUGACAGCCAUUAUAACCGAUUUAUAGGAUUUUAAAAGCUGCAGGUAUAAUUAUUCCUCCUUAAACAAUACAAAAAGGCUUGGGUACCUUAAUUUAUUUCAUCCCAGAAGAAUGAUAAUUAUUGAUAUAUCGAAUAUUACGAAAAUAUUUAUAUUUCUUUCUUAAUUUAGGGACGGCCUUUGAUUCCGUUUUGGACUCUAUCAAGCCUGGUGGUCGCUUUUAUGAUACAUUCGUUGUGAUUCACUGAAACAUAUGUUAGGUUAAUAAGAUAUAUAGAACAUAUUUUUUAUCAAGACUUUUAUUAUCAUUAUGACAACAGGCCAGGGUCGUACGUAGGAUUCACCAGGGCCGGGGCAAAAAUAGUUUUAAAUGUGAAUGUAUUCAAAGUCAUAUCAGUGUCAUACAUUCUGAUUCACGAGAUUAUAAGCGUCAUUUUGGCUUAAUAAUUUAUAAUAACAUUACAAAAUUAAUAAGUUAAUUUUUUCUGGACGCAGUUGGCCCUGCUGCCCCCUCCCUGCGUACGACCCUGUAGCAGGCGAAUGAAGGAUAAAUAACUUUGAUAUAUCAUUAUGUAAUGAGCGUCAAAUGCGCUCACUAUGAAACGUUGUUUAUGUAUAAAUUUAAUUGCAUUGCAUGCACAUUGCAUUGUAACUGAAGAAGAUAGACGACAACGAAAAGAAGAGAACUAUCAAGAACAUUUAGUAAAGCUUUCAUGUUUGUAAUGAUUCCGACCUCAUAACAAUACUUAUUGGUGGACAAAGUCCAAGGAUUUCGCGAAGUUAAUCCUCAAUAAAGGAUCUCUCUUUAGUCUCCUAAAAGUUAGUUGAGAUAGUUGAAAAUACUAAUAAUUAAUCGAUUUUCAAUCUAUUUUCAACUUGUGCAUCCAGACCUAAACUGAUAAAUAAUUUCCCAAUAUCGUAGGCUUAUUAUCUCCCAGAUCCGUAUAUUUGUAUACGUUUUAUAUAUGUUACAGCGCAUUAUAUGAAACGUAUAGUUGAUCUGAGGUUAUUGCUUAUUAGGAGAAAAGGGAAUCUUAUUCCUUGCGUUACGUUUAAAGGUAGUACACUCAUAAACAUUCCAAAUAAAUUUGAAACAAGAAACCCAAUGUU